AUGGCCAUAACUUCUUCAUCCGAGUUCCGAUUGAGGUGUACAAGGCAUCCACGCGAAGCUAAUUCAAAGACGAAGAUAACGAUACAUCUAUAUUGCCUCGAAAAUAUCCAUACAAAUCCCACAUCCUUUCUAUCUAAACAUCUCUCUCUGCAAGCUCCUCGUUUCAGUCUCGCCAAAACAUUUCACGAUCAGCAUCCCAUUAUCUCCACCACAAUCCUCAAAAAGAUUGAAUCUUUCACCACCCCACAACAAAAAAAGUUUGAAUCUUUACGUCUUCACACACUAGAAAAAAUGAGCAUUGAAACCUUGCUGAAGCUCAUUUGCUGCUUCACUAUCUCUCUCUGCAUCUCUCUCACUUCCUCAUUGAACUCAGACGCCCUCGCGCUUCUAGCGCUGAAAUCCGCAAUCUCAGAAGACCCCAGAAACGCCGUCGUUUCAUGGUCCUACUCCGGUUCAUCCCCUUGCAAAUGGGCUGGGAUAAUCUGCGACGAAGCCCACGACAGAGUCACCUCCAUUUCACUCUCCGGCUACCAUCUCAAGGGCUACGUUCCGUCAGAAAUCGGCGCGCUUGCAUUUCUCUCUUCUCUCGAUCUCUCGCACAACAAUUUCAGCGGACCUCUGCCGCAACAGAUAACCAAUCUUCAAAGCCUUGUUCACCUCGACAUUUCGUCGAACAAUUUCAGUGGUUCCCUCCCUGAAGGGCUGAGCAAUUUGGGGAAUUUGAGGGGGACGUUGAAUUUGUCGUGCAAUUCAUUUUCCGGCUCGAUUCCGGCGAGUUUGGGGCGGCUUCCGAUGACGGUAAGUCUCGAUUUGCGGCGGAAUAACCUCACCGGAGAGAUUCCUCAGGUUGGAUCGCUGCUGAAUCAGGGCCCAACUGCGUUUUCCGGAAACCCUCUUCUCUGCGGAUUUCCGUCGAACACGUUGUGUGCGGAGAGGCAAAAUCGGAAUCCGAUCAAACCCGGCGUUUCCUCAAACGGGUUGCCUGCAAGUGAGAAGGCGAAGAUGAAAAGCGGGAUGGCGACGACGGUUUCCGUAAUCUGUGGCGUUUCCGUGGCGGCGAUGGGGAUGGUGUUUGUUUCAGUGUGGCUGAUGAAGAAGAGGAGGAAGAUGGAGGAGGAGAAAAUGGUGAGAGAGAAAGCGGAGAGAGAGAAGGGGCAAAAGGGUAAAUUCGUGGUUGUGGAUGAAGGUUUUGGUUUGGAGUUGGAGGAUUUGUUGAGGGCUUCGGCUUAUGUUUUAGGGAAGGGUAGGAACGGGAUAGUGUAUAAAGUUGUGGUCCCGGGCGGGUCGGGUCGGGCGCCGGUCGUGGCCACGGUGAGGCGGCUGGGCGAGGGUUCGGGUGAGACGGGGGCGUGGCGGAUGAAGGAUUUCGAGGCGAUUGCGAAGGUGAAGCAUCCCAACAUUGUGAGGCUCAAGGCCUAUUACUAUGCGAGUGAUGAGAAGUUGCUUGUUUCUCAAUUUAUUGAGAAUGGAAGCUUGCACAAUGCUUUACAUGGAAGUGGUGGCAUCACUCCUUUGUCAUGGGCUGCAAGGCUCGGGAUAGCUCAGGGGGCAGCAAGAGGCCUAAUGCACAUCCACGAAAGCCGAAAACACGUCCACGGCAGCAUCAGGACAUCGAAGAUCCUCCUCGACCGCGACCUCAAGCCUUACAUCUCCGGGUUCGGCCUGCCUCGCCUCGUUGCAACUUCAUCGGCGGGUGGAAAGUUCACUCAAAGAGACGACGUUUACUCCUUUGGGGUCGUGCUGCUAGAGAUUCUAACGGGGCGGCUGCAAGAGAGCGAAGGUGGGGGGGUCGAGGGCCUCGUGAGGAGGGUCUUUCGCGAGGAGAGGCCGUUGUCAGAGAUCAUAGACCCGUCUCUCAUGCACGAGAUUCGUGCCAAGCCACAGAUCGUUGCGAUGUUUCACAUUGCGUUGAGCUGCACUGAGAUAGAUCCUGAGUUGAGACCAAAGAUGAGAAUGGUGUCUUUUAGUCUUGAUUGCAUCAAAUUGGAGUGAUAAAAGUAGAUGAUCUCUCUUUUUUUUCCCUA